AUGAUCAUGAAAUCUCUUCCUUUAAUACUUUUCUUUCUCUUCACUUUCUUCUCCUUCAACCCUUUAUUCUCAUUAGCCUCAAAACCCUCUUACAAAGACCAUUGUGGUUCUAUCAUCCCAGAAACACCUCCAACAAUCAAACUCAAAUCCAACUCUUUUCCCUUAAGUGAUAAAAAUACAGGUGACUACAUAGGAGGUGAUAGUAUCAUCAAUGUUGAUGUUUCUUGGAACAAGUUUUCCUUAUACUUUCCACCAAGAAACACAUAUGCAACUUCACACCCUCAUAUUUUCAAAAUUGCAGCCACUAUAUCAUUCAGAAGCACCAUUGAUGAUUCACAUUUUCAAAGAGGUUACUUGACCUUCAAGCUAGAUGGUUUUUGGUCUCAAUCAUCAGGCAAUGUUUGCAUGGUUGGAAAAAGCAAAGGUGUUUCCAAAAAAGGUGAUUCUCUUAAUCUUGAUGUUGUUUUUAAGCUUAACAAUGUCUUCAAUUCAAGUAACAUCACUAGCUUAAUUAGUGGAAGCUUAGAGAGUUUGAGUUCUGAAAAGGGUGAUGAGAAAAAUCAUUACUUUGAACCAAUUUCUUUAAUGAUGUUUCCAAAAGCUAAUUACAAUUAUAGUUUGGAUUCUAAAGAAGUUGAAAAUGAGUUCUCUUUUGAUAGUGAUGAUGAUGAGGAAGGUUUAUCACUAAACUUUGAUUCAAAGAGUUUUUGUUCAUAUCCACUCUCAAGUGCUAUUAAAAGACUUCAACUAGAGUACACUGAUGAGUGCAAUUCUUCAAAGAAUUGUGCUAUAAUUAGUGGAAGUUCUAGUGAUCAAUUGCCAUCACAAAUCUCUUUGAAAGCCAUUGAAUGUUCUCCUCAUGCUAAGAAGCAUAGGAUUAGAGUUUUGGUUGAAUUUUCAAAUAGUGUUGAUUACUAUUGGAAUAGGCAUAACCAAAGCUUCAAUACCAAAACUAAGUUAAUAGGAGAAGGAUGGUGGGAUGAGAAGAAAAAUAUGUUGUGUUUGGUUCUUUGCCAUUUCACUGGCACAAGCACAUCUACAUCCUUGGAUGAAACUCAUGUUGGUGAUUGUUCAAUAAGAUUGUGA